UUGUGGAGUGGAGGCUGGUUUCGCGGUGUUGGGUCGCUUCAUUUUUCUCAGAUGGAGCCCCAGUUUGGUUCUCGGCUCGAUUUCGAGUUGGAAGACCCGCUCGUUUUCGCUCCUCCUUCCGCUUCCGCCAAGAAAAGUAAGAAGGUCAUUGGCUUGGAUGAUCUGUUGAGUGACUUCUAUAAAGAGAAAGGGAAGCGUGUCGAGGGAGCGGCGAAACGGAAAAGAGUGCUAAAGCAUGAUUCCGACGAGGAAGAUAACGCCAGAGAGGCAACUUUGUCCCAUACCCUUGAUGAGUACCAAAAACAGAUGAAGGAAAUGGGUGGUGAGGAUGAAAUAUCCCACUGGGGACUGCGAGUUUUUGGAGUUCAGAAAAAUCCACCAGCUGUACUUUUGCCUGAGCUUGGCAGCUGUGCUAUUUUCCAAGCUCUCCGUCACAGCAAACUUAAUUCAUCCGUUGAAGUUGGUCAACAAGAAUCCGAGUUUUUGGAAGGACUCUUGGUCAAUGGUUGGUUACCGAAGCUGAUAACAUUUAGUGGUCAUCUUGAAAUGGUGCUUGCGAAAUGGACCUUCCAUUUAUUGAUGUAUGCAUCAGAAGAAACAUUGAGGAUUUCGGCAUGCAAUUUCUGGUGUGAUGUACUCUUAGGCAAAAGUGAGGAAAUUUCUGCACCCAUCAAAAUCGACUGGCUUCCUACAUAUGCUGAACUCAAAAGAGCCCUUGCCAUAUAUGGAUAUGUGUUCUUCUCAUCUGAGGCAGGAUCUGUUGAUGCAGUCAUUUGCAAGUAUCUUUCUCCAGAUUUGAAGCAUGCUGGACCAUCUUUGAAUAUUCGAGCUUGGAUCAAAUUUGUGGCUGCUGCUUGUCAAGUAAGGAGUAAAUGGCCUAUGUUUUCAACUUCAGAAGCUGAAGAAUUAACUGAAGUGUUGAUUUGUCUGUUUCUGGACCGCCAACUUGAAGGCCUUUCAAUGCUUUUGUAUGAAUGCUUGUUAUCAGUAAUCAGUUACUUUACCCAUGAGGAAUGGAGCACCAGUUGCAAGAAAGUAGCAAAAUCUCUGGCUAGCAGGUUAUCGAUGGAUUUGAACUGCUUGCGUGCUGUAGAGUGCAUUUCUGGCACUGAUGAACGUAGCAAGUGCCUCAGAAGUGAAGCUGCCUAUCAGAUGCUUGUGAAGUUCCUCGAUAAGGUUGCAGAGGAAGAAAUCCUGAAUUCGCUCAUAUCCAUUAAUGUGAAAGAAAAAGGUUGUGAUCUUUUCAGAAUGUACAUUUAUCUGGUUCUAGCGGAGAAUUGGCUCUUGUUCAACUCAUCUCUAGAAGAUAAAGCAGUAAUCAGGGAUAUGUGGGGUCUUUAUCUGCGGAACUGUUCCUGUCUAAUUACCAGCACAGAUUUGAGAUCAUACGCGGCAAAGGUUCGAAACAGAGCCUUGUAUCUUCUUCAAGGUUCUGUCAACAGAUGAUAUGUACGGAAGUACGUAUUCUCCCUCCAAAAAGAAAAUGGAAAGGAAUUUGCUUGAGGAGUAAAUGCUUGAUAGGUUUUCCUAUUUAAUGAUGCCCGGACAAUGUAAAUUAGCUCUGACAUCUACAACCUGACAAGCUCCAAACAUGUGAUUUUGUGUUUGACGAAGAAAGAGCAAAAUUUCAUUCUAACAUUCUGGCAUGAUCAUUGUGAAGAACUAUUAGUUGUUGGUGCUUACUGGAUAGGCUCAGCGCCAUAAACUCUGUAGUUGUCUCCUGGAAUCAUUGAAGAUAUACUGUAGCACAGAAUGGUUCUCUGAUAUGUCGCUUUUUCUCUUGGCGUUUCAGGAAUCUGCACUGAUGUUCAGUGAAACUAUAGCUCUGUAUUUAUUGUCCGCGUUUGAAUGACCUUGGAUUUGCUAGAGUGGGAGGAACGAGCUAGCGCUCAAGAGGUGAUCCAUUGCCAGUUUAACGUGCUUGCUUACUUUUGAGGUACUAGGUUGGUCAUCUUUUGGAGACCCGAGCAGUCGGUUUCAGAAAAAAACUCAAUUGUUUGCAGGAAGAACUCUGUCGAUUUUGUUUGCCCUACUCUAUAUAUUGAUGGUAAAGUUCUGUA